AUGGUGAAGAAGAAAGUGGACGCGCGCGUGCGGACGCUGCUGGAGAACUGCAUCCAGGAGAACUUCCGCUCCUUCGUGGUGCUCGUGGGCGACCAUGGCAAGGACCAGGUCAUGAACCUGCACUACAUCCUGUCCAAGGCGGCCGUCAAGGCGCGCCCGCGCGUGCUCUGGUGCUACAAGAAGGAGCUGGGCUUCUCCACGCACCGCCAGAAGCGCAUGCGCCAGAUAAAGAAGCAGCAGCAGCGCGGCCUGUACGACCCCAGCAAGGACGACCCGUUCGAGCUCUUCAUCGCCUCCACCGACAUCCGCUGGUGCUACUACAAGGAGACGCACAAGGUGCUUGGCAGCACCUACGGCAUGUGCGUGCUGCAGGACUUCGAGGCUGUCACGCCCAACAUCAUGGCGCGCACGAUCGAGACCGUCGAGGGUGGCGGCGUCGUCGUGCUGCUUCUGCGCACCAUGGACAGCCUCAAGCAGCUCUACACCAUGAGCAUGGACGUGCACGCGCGCUUCCGUACCGAGUCGCACCAGGACGUCGUGGCGCGCUUCAACGAGCGAUUCAUCCUGUCGCUGGCCUCGUGCGAGCGCUGCGUCGUGCUGGAUGACGAGCUCAAUGUGCUGCCUAUUUCCAAGCACACGCGCAAGAUCGAGCCGCUACCCCCGCGCGACCCGGCCACGGAACUCACCAAGGACGAGCUGGAGCUGCAGGAGCUCAAGACGUCGCUGCGCGAGACGCAGCCGGUCGGCGCACUCGUGGAACAGGCGCGCACGCUGGACCAGGCCAAGGCCAUCCUUACUUUCGUGGAGGCGGUGUCGGAGAAGACGCUGCGCUCGACGGUGGCCCUGACUGCAGGGCGUGGUCGUGGUAAGUCGGCAGCGCUUGGUAUGGCAUUGGCAGGUGCCGUGGCCUACGGAUACAGCAACAUCUUCGUGACGGCGCCCACGCCUGAGAAUCUCAAGACCGUCUUCGACUUCGUGUUCAAGGGUUUUGAUGCGCUCAAGUACAAGGAACACCUGGACUACGAAAUCGUGCAGAGUACCAACCCGGAGUUCAACCACGCUGUUGUCCGCGUUAACAUUUUCCGCGAGCACCGUCAGACGAUUCAGUACAUCCAGCCUACUCACCACGAGAAGCUGGCGCAGGCGGAGCUUGUGGCCAUUGAUGAGGCUGCCGCUAUCCCGCUCCCCGUCGUCAAGAAUCUGCUCGGCCCCUACCUGGUGUUCAUGUCGUCUACCAUCAACGGUUACGAAGGUACUGGCCGCUCGCUAUCGCUGAAGCUUCUUCAGAAGCUGCGUGAGCAGCAGGAGCGUUGGCAGGCUGCCAGCAAUGCUGCUCACGCCGCGGCUGCUGGAAGCGCGUCGUCGUCGGCGCGUGUGCUUCGUGAGGUUUCCCUGGAGACGCCCAUUCGUUACGCUCCGAACGACCCUGUUGAGCGCUGGCUGAAUGCUCUGCUGUGCCUGGACGCGACGAACGCUUCCCACCGCUUGGUGGCCGGCACGCCCCACCCUCGUGAUUGCGAGCUCUACUACGUGAACCGCGAUUCCCUGUUCUCGUACCACAAGCUCUCGGAGAGCUUUUUGCAGCGCAUCAUGGCGCUGUAUGUGUCGUCGCACUACAAGAACACGCCGAACGACCUGCAGCUGCUGUCUGACGCCCCAGCCCACCACGUCUUCGCUCUGCUGGGACCUGGCGCCGAGUCGCAGGGCAACGCUGGCCAGCUUCCGGACAUUCUCUGCGUUGUGCAAGUGGCCUUGGAGGGUGAGAUCUCAAAGGCGUCCGUGAAGGCUCAGCUUGCGCGUGGCCAGCGCGCUUCGGGAGACCUUAUCCCCUGGACGGUCGCGCAGCAGUUCCAGGAUUCGGAGUUCGCAGCUCUCUCGGGUGCUCGUGUGGUGCGCAUUGCGACGCACCCCGACGUGACUGGCAUGGGCUACGGUUCUCGCGCCAUUGAACUCCUCACAAAGUAUUACCAGGGUGAAAUUACCAGUGAUGUGGCUGAUGCGGAGUCGGAAGACAAGGAAGAGGACAAGCCGGAGGAUGAAGACGAUGACGACGACGAGGAAGAGAAGAAGUCGAAGCUUCGCAAGGAAAAGAUCAAACCGCGCAAGACCCUGCCGCCCCUGUUGCUGCCUCUGGACGAGCGUCCGUGCGAGCGCUUGCACUGGUUCGGCACUUCCUUUGGUCUGACACUACCGCUGCACAACUUCUGGUCUCGCGCCAAGUUCCGGUCGGUGUACAUCCGACAGACGGCCAACGACCUCACGGGUGAGCACACGGCUAUUAUGCUGCGCUCGCUGCGUUGCGACGACCUGCCUGCAGCUCCCGCCGAUGGUUGGCUCGAUGAGUUCGUGGCCGACUCGCGUCGGCGAUUCACUUCGCUACUUAGCUACGACUUCUCCAAGUUCCCGUGCGCUCUCGCACUUGGCCUGCUGAGCGACGAGGCCGCCCCGUCGACCGCUGGCUCAAACGACGAGGAGAAGCAGAUCACUCUUCACCGCAGUGCCACCGGCGAGAUCAGCCCUGCCGAGUUGGCGAUGGUGCUGACGCCGUAUGAUGCCAAGCGCCUCAAGUCGUACGCGAAGAACAUGGUCGACUACCACAUGAUCGUGGACCUGGUGCCAUCUCUUGCGCGCCUGUACUUCUUGCAGCGUCUGCCGCAGAUGUCGCUGUCGUACCUGCAGCGAGCCAUCCUUGUGAGCCUUGGCCUGCAGCACCAGUCGGUGGACGUGAUCCAGCAGGAGCUGAAUGUGCCUUCCAACCAGCUCUUGGCGCUGUUCAACAAGGCAGUGCGUAAGUUCCUCAACCAGGUUGAACAGCUCAUGGAGAAGCAGCUGGAGGAGGAGAACGCUAACAGCAAGAGGCUGUCGGAGGUGGCUGCGCAGUCGCAGGCCAUGACGCCGACGGAGACGACGCUGGACGAGGAGAUGCGCGAGGGCGCUCAGGCUGAGAAGGCCAAGCAGCAGCAGAAGCUUCUGGACAGCCUCAACCUGAUGAAGUACGCCGUGCGCGGCGACGACGCUGACUGGGACAACGCUCUUGCUCAGGCCGAGAACGGCGGCGCUGUCGUGCAGGUGAAGAGCAAGAAGCAGAACAAGUCCAAGAAGGAGUCGAAGGACCCCAAGGAGUCCAAGAAGGAGCACAAGCACAACAAGCGCUCGGUGGACGGAGACAGCGACCGCAAGAAGAACAAGAAGAGCAAGAAGAGCAAAUACGCCAACCUCAGCUAGAUUGUAGUGCAGUC